AUGAGUGGAGUCCAGCAGUCCCUGUUUUUCCUCGGUCUUCCAGACUUGAAGAAUCUGGUCUGUGUCACUCUGACACUAUUUGACGAGGAGCCCAGGAGCAAACAGAUCAAGACCUGCAGAGAGCUGGUGCUGCUGUACUCUGAUAUCCUGGCCUCUCCUGCUCUUGACUCCUUCACUGAUAUCACUGUGGUCAUGGCAAUCACGUUUUUCCAGAAAGGCGUCCUCCAGGCGUUUGGGCAGAGACGUGGUCUGCAGCUGGGCUCUCCUCAGGGUGUCUUUCCAGGUGACCUCCAGUGCUGUCUGUCCUACUCUCUGAUCACCAGACUGUCUCCCAGCUGGAACAAAGCAGGACUCUACCUCGUCUCAGGAAAGGACUUUCUGAGAGAGAGAGGGACACAGAGCGCUGUCAGCAUGGAGCUGAGCACCACUGAGGGCCAACUGUGCAUCAGCAUCAACACACACAGCGUCAGACUGUCCCCAACCACACUGGAGGACUUCGACCUCCCUCCUUUGGUGCUGCGGAGGUUCUGCAGUGAUCCCGACUCCAUCCUCGACCCGUCCUCCACUGGGGGAACCGUCUGGUGUCAUGUCCUGCCCAGCAUGAAGAAAGGUCAGAUUAUCACCAUCAGCCAUCAGCUGCCCAGAGACGGACCCUUCAGGACCUACACAGACCUGCAGAACCACUGGAACAGCCUGUACGGCUACCGACUCCCUGAGCUCACAGAGGCAGAGGUGGUUUACUGCAGCGUUUACUUCAGGCUGCUGGGAGAGACACUCUUCACUUACCCUCUGAGCUGCAUCCGCCUGCAGCCAGCACAGUGCUGCCCCCGGGGCGACCUGCAGGGGGCGCUGGGCUCCUUCCUGUCUGACGUUAGGGACCGAGUGCAGAGUGUGUGUGGCUUCCCUGCACGCCUGACCAGGAAACCCUGUUACCACACGACCAGUCUGAACAGUGCUGCAUCUGCACAGGUGCAGAGUAGUGAACAGGUCAACCUGACCACUUCCUCCUCCGUCAGGCCCGUCCUCACCCAGCUCCCUGCUCCUCCUCCCAGACCUGUGAGACCCUCCUUCAGGUCGCAGCCAGCAGCCUGGCCCCCCCGCUCCCAGCAGGACAGACUCCUCCCCUCUCCUCUUCCUUCUUCCUCCUCUAUCCAACUCUUUCAGCCAGCUUCAUCCCUCUCCUCUUCCUCCUCUUGCUCCACCUCCUCCUCAGUUCUCCCCCCUCUUCCUCCCUCGAUGAGCCCUGCUCCUAAACUGGUUCCCAUCUUCAAGAACAAGCACCCAUCGCGUCACAUCAAUGUUGCCCUGCUGUGGGCCCAGAAGCAGACGGAGCAGCUGGGUGGAGGAGGGGAGGAGAGGAGGAGGCUGACGCUACCUGCCUUCAGGAAGAACUCACCUGCCUCUGCUCCACCUUCUUCCUCUUUUCCAUCCCUUCCAGUUCCUCCUCCGAUAAUCAUUCCUCGCUUCAACUGUCGCCCCAAACCUACCAGCAGCACCGCCCCUCAGUCGUCAGCUACGCCCAGAGUCAGGCACUUAUCCAGCCUCAGUCCUGGGCCAAAGUCCAGACCCGGACUCGUCCUCGCUCCAAACACAGAGACGAAGCACAAAUCCAAGUCCAGCUCUGAAACCCACCUGAAGGCCGGCUCUGAAAACAGCCCUGCUGCUCAGAACAGCCGCCAACUGCAGGAAGAAGCAACUACACCCCCAUCGGCUGCAGAGGCUCCUCCCUCUCUGACCACCUCUGAUAUGUCUGAUAAGGACAAGAACAGCAGAGCGAGAGUUCGGUGUGAAGCAAAGCCAAAGAAAUCCAGAGCCGCGAUUCGAGACGUUGAUGUGGAGAAACUGGCCCGAAGCAACCAGUUGUCCAAACUGAACUCUGCGACGCUGCUGUCCUGGCUGAAGGGACGAGGAGUGCUCGCCAGCGCCAGACUCAAGAAGGAGGAGCUGAUGCUGAAGGUCAUGGGCUGUCUGGCUGAGGCCUGAGAGAGACACACACACACACACACACACACACACACACACACACACACACACACACACACACGUCAGAUUCUUCCUGUUUCUCACAGAAAGUGUUGUCACGCAUCUUUAACCGUCUGUUGUUUACUCAAUGGAACUUUAAGCUGUUCUUUUUUUCUACAGGCGAUAUGACAUGUUUUCUUUUAUCGCUUUCCAGGAUUUCAAAUGAGUUUUCCACUUCUCAGUAGUUCAACUUUUCAGAUGUUGUUUAAAAACCUGUUGUGAAUUUAUUGAAAAUAUUUUGUUUUUUAUGACUGUUUAUGUGGUGUUUAUUCAGAAGUUGUUUGCUUGCUAUUGUGUUAGUAAUGUUUAUAGCUAUUUAUUGAAACUGUUAAAAUUAAUAUAAAAAAUCUGCGUCUCUGA